CCGCUCAGUCCUGCCGUGGGGACCGCUGCAUGUCGGCCUCUUCAGGAACCUUCGCUGCCAGCACAGCAGCAGCAGCAGCAGCUUCACCAAAGCACUUGACGCGAGGCGCCUCUUCACAUGCACAACACUCCCCUCCAGAGUCCUGUGGCGCUGCUCACCAAGCGCUUGGAGGGGCGCCAUGACCUUGUCUUCAGUGGGAGGCCUGCGGUCUCCCCGGCACGGAGGUUUUCUUUUGACAGCGUUUUCUCAACUUGUGUUUCACGUUCUCAUUGAGAUUGAUCCUGUGGCUGAGUAGUGAACAUUGCUGCUUGGAGUCAGCUCUGUUUCUUGACUCCACUCAUGGCCAGGUUCCUCCACCUCUGGCUGUCCUCGGCUGUUGUGGGCUGGCUUCUCUGGUCCCGUUCACUCUUUGGAAAGGUUUGUUUCUUCACUUGGAAUGUUGUCCCGCCGUUAUGCUUUUGGAUCAUAUGGAUUUGAGCCUGUUCAUGUCGGUUGGUGUUGUCAUGCUCCAGACAUGCUAUUUCAGGAGCUUGUGUCAUUCAGGCUUCGGGAUUGCGUCAAAGACAAACAACUUGGACGAAACAUCUGUUUGGGAAAAACAAAGAUCACAAAUGCAUUAUUCUUCACAGUUCUCCGUUUCCCUUAAAAAACAUCUCUAUUUUUCAUGUUUAUUGUCCAUGUUUUUGGGGGUUAUUUCAGCAAAUAGGUAUUGUAAACAGGCGAAGAUGGACAGGUGAGCUGUGCAGCGCGUUUGACUGACAGUAACACUCUGAGUCAUGACUCAUCCAGGUGCCGUUAAUGAUCAAGGAAGUCCAGGAAACCCCGGGGAAGCUAGUGACUCGCUGUCCACCGCUGUACAGGUGGUGUUGAGGUUUCAUGCUGUGGUGUCAAACUUGCCUCCUCUCACUCGGGCAGCGGCGUGGCCCCACGAGCCGGCCUGUAAGCACUGCUCUCCUCCCGCCGCGGCUCAAUCUCCUCUGGUGAUUGCAUUUGCCACCACUUUACCGCCUCACACCGUGGCGCGUGCGGGAGCAAACUUGCCCAAGGGUAAUUCCAAAGCGUUCCCAUUAAACGGAUGGAGGUUCUUUUAAUUUAAGUCCCCUGGUUGCUGAGCGAGGGUGUUUAAUGUCCGCUCAAGUGAAACGACACAAGUAAAUAAAGAGAUUGUGGUUCACUCCCUGGGUUCCCUCCCGCCUUGCCUCGGGUCAGCGUGUGGCUUUACGUUGGUCGCUGCUCGCAGCAGGGAUCAUUUCAUCCUCCGACAUGACUGAUGUCUUCAGCCAGAGGAGAGUACGUGUCUCCUACGAGGAGCUCAGUGGCUGGCGGAGCCGCCGCCGCUCGCCGUCCGGCCUGUGUCGUCCUCCAGACUGAGGCGGCAGAGCGGAAAGAUCCGUGGGCCAAUUAAAUAAGUGGCAUCAUUUGAGAAAGAGUGGGGCGGCGGUGACCCCGCCACUGCGGAUGGCUCCUCUAAAUCUGGCCCCGACGUGAAGAGACGCGCCUCCACGGCCAUUAGGUGAGAUUGCGGUGGGUGAGGAGGCACUAAUGCGCCGCAGCAUUAGCACGGCCGUUGAAUUGCAGAUGAGCCGCUGAUUACAAGGUCGCGGGCACAAACGCUUCCAUUAACCUUUUUGACCCAACUCUUCUUGAUGAGCAGAUUGUGGAGGCGCCAUGGAGCGGAGAGGCCACGCCCCGACUGGACCAGCUGAGACUCCGGCCGAGUUGUCGCCCGGCUCUGCCUCGGAGGGUGCUGGGCUCUUACUCCACCUGCUGGAGUAUAAAGCUCAGCUGCUGGAGGCCGUGGAGGAGCUGCACAUCCGCAGGGAUGCAGAAGCCCGCUUUGAGGACCAGAUCAGUAAAGUGAUUCUGGAAAGACAGGAACUGGAGUGGGAGAAGGAAUCGCUCCAACAUCAGAUGAAGACUGCUGCCAACCAGCACGUGGACUCACUGGCCAAAGUCAGGAAGCAGCUGCAUGACAGAGUCAGGAGCAGCGAGGAAGAGAAGGAGAAGCUCCAGGCGCUGGCUGAGUCGAUGGAGAAGGAGGUGACCAACUUGAAAGAGGAGCUGAAGGUGUUGCAGCUGAUCAACUACAACUUGGAGAAGAGGUCCGGUGAACUGGAACAGAAACUGGCCCUGCAGUCCAAGUCCAAGGAGACUCACCUGAGCCAGCUGGGGGAGCUGGAGAAGCGCUUCAUCGCUCUGUCGCGACAGUGUGCCGUGGUCAAACAGGCUCAUGGCUCUCUUGAGCAGAAAGUUCAGGAGGCCAUGAUGACCAACAAGAAGCUGACGUCAGCCAAUGAAAAACAGCAGGCCACUCUCCUCUCUCUGACCAAGGAGCUGGAGGUCCUGAACGGUCGUCUGAUGGUGAGCCGGACGGCUUCGUGCCCGCCACACUCUCGCAGCGGCGCGCUCCGCCAGCAGCAGAUGCAGCAGUUGCAACUCAAGAUGAACCAGCAAGCUGAAGUGAACAAGACUCUUCAGGAGGAGAACCUUCUGAUCAGAGCUGAGAAGCAGGAGGUGGUGAAGGCCAUGCAACAGACCCAGCAGCUGCUGCUGACACAAACCCAGACCGUCUGCCGGCUGGAGCAGGAGCUGCACGUCCAGGAGGAGCUGUUCCAGGCGCUGCAGCUGGAGCACCAGCUCCUGUGCCAGAGGAGCCGUGCCACGGAGGAGGAGGAGCUGGCCAAGCUGGCGGGGUCCUGCUCCGCCGCCCGGACUGCCCGGCCAGAUGAGACGAGAGACUUGAGGGGAGAUGUUUUCGUGGGACCCCCUGGUGAUCCCUGCCCCGUCUCUGGAGACGCUGUCCUCUGUCAGGACCCGGGCGCGCUGGAGCCCAGCGCCUCUGCUCAGCUAGCGUCGGCCGGAGCCGCUGAGGAUCAAACUCCGCCCUCUGAUCCACUGACCUCACCUCAGUGUCAGACACCCCCAGGAGAAGGCUCCUCUGCACCCGACUCUGAGGACGACGGCACGUGUGCGACCGACCUGCAGGUGGUCGAUCUCAUUUGUUCCUCCCAGCUCAGCGUCAAGGAUCUGGCAGCAAGUGGUGGAAGUGAAGAUGUACCAGAUGGUGAAAAAGCAGAAGAGGCUUUUAAGGAUGACGGCGAGGAGGAGUCAGAGCAAGCGGAUGUGCCUGCUGUUGCUGCUGCGGCAGAGACGGGAGACGUGACUCUUACCCAAACAACUGAUAGAGCUGCUGCAGGAGAGGACUGUGGCGGCAGGAACACAGAUCCACUCAUGCAAACAAACGAUAGAGCAGAGGGAGCCGGAGACGAGACGCCGGGGGCUGCAGACGCUGCUGUGGCUCCAGAUGAUUCUGCUGAACCCACAACUCGGUCCGUCCACUCGCUAACCAGCCACCAGCACGUCCUCCAACCAGGUGGCUCCGCUUCGGGUCAACGGGCGGUCGACGCAGCCCAGAUGACCUCUGCGACCCCAGAAAACCCAGAAGGUCAUGGCGAAGCUGACAUACACAGCGCCACUCCACAGGGGCCGCAGCAUUCAGAGGCCCAUGGAAGCGACGCGUCCACUGACCCCUCAACCUGCCGGCCGCUGGCACCAGCCCACGCCGAGGUCCGCUGGAGCCCGUCCGGCAGCCCCACCGUGGCGUCGCCGCUUCGGUGCCUUCAGGAUGCGUCCCCCCGCGCCGACUCUUCAGCUCCAGCCGCUCCGGCGCGUCCGGGCGGAUCUCCAGCUCUGGGCUCAGACUCUCAGGAGAGACGGGUCCAGCAGAGCACUCUCAGUGCCCAGAUCUGCAAACUGGAGCAGCUCCUCAGGGCAGGGAGGCUCCGCCUGCCGAAGCCAAGACGCACGGACCAGUGAGCCUGCGCCGCUCUCCUACCGGACGGUUGGAUCAAAAACAUCUCCCCUCAAACUGCCCUCAAAUCCAUCACACGCAUGAGCCAUCAGUGGGUGGGUGAGAGGGUGAGAGAGAG